AUGCUCCUCGGCAGCAGCAUUAUGAAGUUUGGUUUUCCACUUUCUGUCCUUCGUGUACGACAGGCCAAAGAACACAGUGUUGGCUGCGUCAUCCAUCCUCACGCCCAGCAGAGGAGUGUCGUCCUUCUCCGGCACCGCGUGGAUGGUCGCCGUCGCCACGAGAGCGAACGCAGUGUUCGCAAAGUAGUACGGCUGGUUCUGCCCCAGUUUUCCCACGGGCCACCCCGCCCCCGCUCCAUCGCCGCUGAACUUCACAUACCCCCGCUGUGUCUGUCACUGCCCCCUUCGUUGCUGCUUCGUUCACGCAGAGGUACUCGUCCUCCCACACAGUCUGAUCCAACGUGUCGGACACUAUACCAAGAAGCCCUCAGUGAGGGAAUAGGACAUUUGCACACACAGUUUAUUCUCAAGGCGGCGUCCAAUGCAGUCCAACGCCCCCAUCACGGACUUUAUCUGCUCCAGCUGCUGAGUCAGGCUCACAGCGACAAAGCCGUAGGAACUUCCAGUCUUCUUCGCUUACAGUGCAACCAGCUCCUUCGUGUCGCUUUUGUACGGCAGGGAACCCGCUGCAGCGUCCUCCUCCUCACCUGA